AACCUGCUCUGCGCAGAACCAGGGAGGCUCUAUAAAAACGGCUGCGCUUCCACAGACGGAGUACAACAACAAGAGGACACAAGCGCGAAGUCACUGCGGCUCAGCAGCCACCACCGAUCGCCACGAUGCGGGGCACACGCAGCGGGAUCUGCUGGAGACUUUUUCUCAUUUCCUGCGUGUUUCUGGAGAGUUACUCCCAAGACUUCGGCGGACAGACGCAGUUCAUCUGCACGUCCGUGCCGAAGGACGUGGACAUUUGCGCGGCCACUUUGCAGAACAGCGUGCCGGGAGAGGACCUGAAGACCACCGUCAUGCAGCUACGGGAAACGGUCCUGCAGCAGAAGGAGACCAUCAUGAACCAAAAGGAGACGAUCCGAGAACUGACCUCAAAGUUGGCUCGGUGCGAGAGCCAGAGCGGCUCCGACCCGGGGGACGCGCGCCCCGCGGGCAGGAGGAAGGAGGCUGGGACUAAAAACACGAUGGGGGACGUGUCGAGGGGCCCCGCUGACACUUUGACGCAGCUAUCGCAGACUUUACAGUCGCUGAAGCAGAGACUGGAGAACCUGGAGCAAUUCAGCAGAAGCAACAACUCCGUGCAGGCGAACAGCCUCAAAGACCUGCUCCAGAGCAAGAUCGACGACCUGGAGAAGCAGGUGCUGUCCCGCGUGAACAGCAUCGAGGAGGGGAAGCCCGGACUCCGCAACGAGACGGAGCAGCGUGGGCGCGUGGAGUCCACGCUCACGUCGUUACACCAGAGGAUCACGGACCUGGAGAAAGGUCAGAGGGAGAACCGGCCUCUGGAUAAAUUCCAGCUCACGUUCCCCCUGAGGACCAACUACAUGUACGCGAAGGUGAAGAAGAGUUUGCCGGAGAUGUACGCGCUCACCGUGUGCAUGUGGCUCAAGUCCAACGCGUCCCCCGGCGUCGGCACGCCGUUCUCCUACGCGGUUCCGGGUCAGGCCAACGAGCUGGUGCUCAUAGAGUGGGGCAACAACCCCAUGGAGAUUCUGAUCAACGACAAGGUGGCAAAGCUGCCGUUCCUCAUCAACGAUGGCAAGUGGCAUCACAUCUGCGUGACCUGGACCACGCGCGACGGCGUCUGGGAAGCCUUCCAGGACGGCGUCAAGAGGGGCAGCGGGGAGAACCUGGCUCCGUAUCACCCCAUCAAGCCCCAGGGGCUGCUGAUCCUGGGCCAGGAGCAGGACACGCUCGGAGGAGGAUUCGACGCCACCCAGGCCUUUGUUGGAGACCUGGCGAAUUUUCACAUCUGGGACCGGAAACUAUCUGUGGGGGAGAUUUACAACCUGGCAACGUGCAGCAGCAAAGCACAAGUGGGCAACGUUUUUGCGUGGAUGGAGACCAGCCUUGAUAUUUACGGAGGUGCCUCAAAGUGGACCUUCGAAGCCUGCCGCCAGCUCAACUGAACCGCAGGGAGGAGUGAAUAUGUUAGAGCCACUGUCACAGCAUCUGUCAGCUAAUGUGAAAGGAGCUCAUGUUAACGAGUAGCGUCCGGAUUCGUCAUAGAUUUUUGAGAACAUGGUUGGUGGCCACUGGAGCCGGUUCUGGAGCGGGACCGCGCGCUGGAAACGGACUCUCCUGCGGUGUCUUGUGGUGCUGAGAUGUGCAUGAGGUCUGGUGGUUGUGUUUGGAAACGCAGCUGAGCCCAUGCGGACGUCAGGGGGUGGCGUCGACACCAACACGACAGCGGUGAACGGCGCAGGAGGAAAACGUGUAGUUUAUUUAGUGAACAGAUGUCACGCGGUUCAGGCUCGACUGCCAGGGAGCUUCACUGUGAAACGGACAAAGUGGGUGUGGGUUCUCCAGUGGGUGAGGCUCUGACAGACGCCAUUGUUUCUCUCUCUCUCACUGCUUUCUCUACCACCACCUGCUUAACGUGAUUUUGUGUAAAGAAUGACCUAGUUAUUGCCAACAUCCGAGCCUGAGUGCCUUGGGCUGUUCAAAAAAAUCAGCACAUCCAGUUAUUAUGAGUGUUUGUGUUUCCUUUGUGUAAAAUAGUUUCAAAGGAGGCGUUUCCUGCUGCGGACAGAGUGACGACGGGUCAGAUUGUUUAUUGUGGAACGACAUUCACGAAUGACAGCGGAGCAUUUUGCAGAUGUUUGUAUUUCAAUGGGAAUGUUCUCUGUACAGUAACAGCAUGUCUUAACUUCUGUAAAUGCUGCGUCAGCAUCUAUGGUCUUUGCUUUUACCUUCCUACUUCUAGGUUGAGAUUUUAUACUGUAUUGUUAUAUGCUUAAAGCAUGGCGACACUGACAGAUGAAAAAGUUCUAGUUUUUGUAAUAAAUUGUGAUACUUGAAGAAUUA